UCCAGACCAGCGUCAUGAUUAUCGAUUCUUACGGUUCCCGCGUCGCCAUAUAUAGGUGGCUUCCCGGUGACCACUUGCUGCUGGACCCGUUCAUCUCUCCCUGGUUACGUUGGUAGGCUAGCUUCGAGAUUCAAGAUGCGCUGGUCACGCGGAGCUGCUCGUGCAGCCGCCCUUGUGGGCCUCACACGUAGACAAGUCCCUCCUGCCGACUCCACGGUUGUGGUCGAUGCUGAGACCGGAUUCACCUUUGGACAAUUUAUUACCGACAAUGGGAUCGAAUACCGCAUUGCGCUCCCCGACCCUAUCCCCGCCAACACGCCUUACGAUGUGGUUCUCCAGGUCGCAGCCCCUCACGAAAUUGGCUGGGCUGGAAUCUCCUGGGGAGGUUCCAUGACUUACAGCCCUCUCACGGUUGCCUGGCCAAACGAUAAGGAUGUCACAGUCUCGUCUCGAUAUGCCUUUGGCUACUAUGUCCCACCGCCAUUUGAUGGCGCCACGUACACUCUGCUCCCCAAGGGCACCCACGUCAACGAUACUCAUUGGCAGUAUACCGUCAAAUGUUCCGGCUGCACCACCUGGGGCGAUGAGGACACUGGCUACACAACCCUCGAUGCCACACAGCAGAACGCCCUGGCGUUUGCAUAUUCGGUAACCCCACCAGAGGACCCGGCCAGCAACAUCUCAUCCUUCAGCAUCCACGACAGCAUCGGUCAUUGGUACCACGACUUCGGGAACAUCGGGAAUGCCGAGUUCGACGAACUGGUGUCGAAAAACUCUGAGGGUGGCAGCACCGGGACGACCCCUCCUUCGACGCCCACAACGACUGCGACGACCACUGGCACAGCGUCGACAACGGUGACUCCAACGCCCACCGGUGUCGAGGAGAGUUGUGAGUCUUGACCAAGACUUGAGGGCUUCGUUCGGCCUUGGAGAUUGGAUGCGUUUGUACUCUAUAUACAGUUGGAUGCAAGGAGUGCUGCGUGAUAGUUGGGGUAGAGCGUAAUAGAUUAGCACUAGGCCUGCCCCAUUCCGCUUGCUCUGUAAUUGUGUGCUUUGCUGGUUACUUGAUAUGUAAAGGACGUGAUCUAAGUGUUGCCUACGCAGUUUGAAAAUAUAUCAUAGAGGAGUCUAGAACUGGC